GUGACAGAUCCAAACCGUGCUCGUGUCGUUGUCGUGCUCAUUUGUAUGAACACUCAACAGUAAGUCCAUGUGCGGUUUAACAACCAGAAAUUUAAAAAAAAAUCUUCCUAGGGCUUCCAAAAAUAAGUGUAUGUCCGUUCCAAAAUGGCAAGCAUUGAAAAGUUUACAGAAAAGCAGAAAACUCAUAAGAAACGACAAGCAGGUGUGAAAGCUGAUAAGAAAAAAAGCAAGAACAAACCUUCCGAUAAAACCAAGAAUGUUAAAGCAUUUGCAAUUACAAAAGCACGAAGUGCAGAAAAACGUUUCCGGCGUAAGGAAGAUAUUUUAACUAAGAAACAGCAUAUUCCACUGAUAGAUAAAACACCGGAAGAACCUCCUCCUGUUUUAAUAGCCGUCGUUGGCCCUCCGAAAGUAGGCAAAUCCACUUUGAUUAACAAUUUGAUCAAAAUUUUUACAAAAUCAAAUGUAACCAGCAUCAGUGGUCCAAUAACGGUAAUAACCUCCAAGAAACGGAGGAUUACACUGAUAGAAUGUAAUAAUGAUAUAAACAGUAUGAUCGAUAUUGCAAAGUGUGCUGAUUUGGUGCUGUUAAUGGUAGACGCUAGUUUUGGGUUCGAGAUGGAAAUUUUCGAGUUUCUGAAUAUAUGCCAGGUACACGGUAUGCCUAAAAUCAUGGGGAUCCUUACCCAUUUAGAUACGAUCAAAAGUGCAAAAGCUGUGAAAAUGCAGAAAAAAACUUUAAAACAUAGAUUUUGGACCGAAGUGUACGAUGGCGCAAAGUUAUUCUAUCUAUCCGGUCUAAUCCAUGGCGAGUAUUUACGAAAUGAAAUUAAAAAUCUGGGACGAUUUAUCUCGGUAAUGAAGUUUCGUCCUCUGACAUGGAGAGGAGCGCACAGCUACAUACUAGCCGAUCGAAUUGAGGAUAUCACUAAUUUAGAACAGAUAAGACUACAACCAAAGUGUAAUCGAGAUGUCGUGCUCUACGGCUAUGUGCGGGGUGUCCCGUUGAAAAAAGAAAAUAUGGUUCAUAUUGCUGGUCUGGGGGAUACCCGAAUCGAUGAACUUAAUGCCCUUCCGGAUCCUUGUCCACUUCCUUCAACUGAAAAGAAAAGAAAUCUAUUGGAGAAAGAGCGAUUACUGUAUGCCCCUAUGUCAGGCGUCGGAGGAAUAGUUUACGAUAAGGAUGCAGUUUACAUUGAAUUGCAAGGAUCACACAGUCACAAAGAAAAGCAGAACAGUGAGCAGCAAGCGCUAGUGCAGUCAGUGAUUGAGAAAAAAGAGACAUUAGAUAUCCAGAUUGACAACCAGGAGUUUAAAUUGUUUAGCGAUGGUAAUGUUAUUAAAUCAAGAGAAUUUCAGCUGAACGAAAACGCAGAUGUGGGUGAUGAUGAAAAUGAGCAUGACUCUGGAGUUGAAGAUUCUGAUGAUGAAGAAGUAACAGUUAGGUCAGGAUGGAAUCCAGACCAAGAAGCACAAGAGGAACCAUCCGAUGAAGAGCAAGAGGAAGAAAAUGAAACAGAUGAAGAAAACGAGGUGUCUCAACCCAAACAUACGAGCGGUUUUUUAUCCUCCGAAGAGGAGUUUGAUACCGAAGACGUAGCGCAAAAUUCGUUAGCUUGGAAAGAAGGGUUGGCAUCCAAAGCAAGGAAAGAUUAUUUGGAACGUCAGUCAACCAGUAAAAAUUUAAUGAAAAUCGUCUAUGGAGUAUUUAGAAAACUUAAAAAUACUCCGGUACAAACGGAAACUCAGGAAGAUACAGGAGAUGAUGAUUUGUUAGGAGGCCUGUUUAAGGGAGUUUCUCAAAGGCAAGCUGAAAUGCAUAAAAAGAAAUCUAUUCAAGACGAUGACGAAGGGUGUUUUUUUGAAGAAUAUGCUGGUGGUGUGCGAGACUGGACUGCAGAGGAAAACAAGCGGCUUAUCAAUAAUUGUUUCGUUACUGGCAAAUGGAAACAUUCUGAGGACGCUGAGGAAUUGCUGAAGUUAGACGAUAUGAGUGAUGGAGACAGUGAAGUCUUUGGAGAUUUUGAGGAUCUAGAAACAGGCGAAAAACAUGCGGCAAAGAAAGGUAACACAAAGGAGAAGGAACUAAAUAAUACAGAGGAACCCAAGCAAGAGGAAAAUACAAUGAAGAGAAAGUUAUCAAGAAUUGAAGAAAAAAAUAUGUCUAGAGCAGAAUUGAUGGCGAAAAAGAUGAAAUUAAAAGCAAAGUUCGACGCUGAAUACGACAACCCCGAGAGGGAUGAUCAACAUAUUGAAGGUGAUCAUCAAUAUUAUGAAAAAUUGAAAGCUGAAGCUCUACGGCAAACUGAGCUCAACAAAAAAGAGUUCUCGAGUCUAGACGACGAUGUUCGUUUGAAUAUUGAAGGCUACCGAGCAGGGUUGUAUGUGCGAAUGAAUUUCAAGGAUGUACCAUGUGAGUUUGUAGAACAUUUCGAUUCCGCCUUUCCGGUUCUCAUUGGCGGGUUAAAUAUGGCUGAAGAAAAUGUUGGAUAUGUUAGCUGCAAAGUUAAAAAACACCGGUGGUAUAAGAAAAUUUUAAAAACUGGCGAUCCACUUGUCAUCUCUCUCGGAUGGAGACGCUUUCAGACAAUCCCAAUAUUUGCGAAAGUAGAGGAUGAUCUCAAGCAUCGUUACCUUAAGUAUACACCGAAUCAUGUCACUUGCAGUAUGACUUUUUGGGGCCCUGUGACUCCACAAAAUACAGGGUUACUAGCUAUUCAGGGUACCACCUACGACGAAAAAGAAAUGAAAAAGGUUGGCUUUCGAGUAGCUGCCACUGGAGCUAUUACCGAAACUGAUAAAUCUGCUCAAAUUAUGAAAAAAUUGAAACUUAUUGGGACACCGUACAAAAUUUAUCAGAAAACUGCUUUCAUUCAAGGUAUGUUUAACUCCACUCUAGAGGUAGCAAAAUUUGAAGGAGCAAAAAUCAAGACCGUAUCUGGUAUCCGAGGGCAAAUCAAGAAGGCAGUACCACCAGAAGGUAGUUUCCGUGCAACUUUCGAAGAUCGAAUCGUAGUUAGCGAUAUAGUGUUCUGUCGUACAUGGUUUAAAGUACAUGUUCCUACUUUUUACGCCCCCGUGACAAAUCUAUUGUUACCACCAGAACAAAAAUCUAAAUGGGUUGGAAUGAAGACACUCGGACAGUUAAAGAGAGAGAAAAAUAUAAAGUUUGAGGCCAAACAGGACAGCACGUACAAGCCGAUUGAAAGACAAGACCUUCAAUUCAGACCUUUGAUUAUUCCAAAGAAUUUGCAAAAGGCAUUACCGUAUAAAGAUAAACCGAAGCAUGGACCGUUAAACAAGACCAAGCAGCCAGGAAGUGAACGAAUAGCAGUCGUACAUUCGCCACAUGAACAAAAGGUUGCAAAAAUGAUGAACAUGAUUCGUACUAAUUACGAAGUAAAAGAGGAAAAACGAAAACAGCAGGCUAAACAAAAACAGGAGAAAUAUAAAAAAGAGAAAGUAAAUGAGGACUUCCGCAAAUUGCAAAGGCAGAAAGAGUUGAAGAAGAAGGUGUUCAAGGCGAUUAGCAAAAUGGAAGCUAAACAUCAGAGUAAUGCUGUCAAAAGAGGUAGCGGCCGUUAAGCUAGAUUAGAUUGCUAGAUUAAUCUAGGCCUAUCGUUAGUUUUUGUGAAAAUACAAGAUUUUGUACAACUUUGUCAAGAAUGCCUGUUCACUCACCCUCAAGAUACGCGCAAAACAUUCAUUGCUAUACUUAUCGUCCAAGUUGAGCAAAAAAACCUCGCAACGGAUUCUGACGCGAUACAAAUAUUGCAAACCCGGGAUAUUUGGUCACGUCACUUUUACCUAACAAAUAUUAGAUUUAAGGAAGUUUCAACAUUUUUUGACUUCGUAGUAUGCUCAUUGAAUAUUUAAUAAUAAAUAAAAUGUAUAAACUUACUAUCAAAGCGAUCAUA